AUGUAUCCUGCGCUCUCACCAACGGAGAAGACACCGGUGAUGGCGGUGCCAGUGGCCGCACCGACGCCGGCUGCUGUGCCCAUGUAUGGCGGGUACCAAGCUGCGCCGCCCCAGUACUACGCCGUGCCGCCGCCGCCGUGCGACGACCACGAAGACAAUGUCUUUUGGUAUGCACUCACAAGUCCACUGCGCCUCUUGACGUUCCAGCUCGUCUUCUUCCACCUCUUCAACCUCGUCUUGGCACUGCUGGCCUUCGCGCUCGUCGUUUCGGUCGGGUCGCUCGGCGUCGGACUCAUUCCGCUCUGCUGCCUCGGCUUGCUCGUGCUGCAGUUCCUCUUGCACCUCGUCCGCGUCUUCGCCGAGUGCGACGUGUACUUGUACAACUGCAUUGCGCCGACGAAGGACCAGAUCACGGUCAACUUUCAAGUGCCACGCCGCGGCCUCUACCACCGCAGCGGGUACCGCCUCUCGCCGUCUCUCUCGACGCUCUCGGCCGAGUCGAUCCUCGCCGUCUUCUACUUUGUCGCAAUCAAGCUGCCGCUCGCGCUCAUGUUUAGCUUGACGCCGCUGGUGUUGCUAUUGACGUCGGUCGCGUGCAUGGCCUUCCCGCUCUACUGGGACGACGCCUACGCGUCCAGCCAGCCCAUGACGAUUACGUACACGCACCACCACCGCGUCUACACGCUGCAUGCGAGCGUCGCUGGCAUCCCCGUUGACGAGGCCCACAAGGCGCAGAUCGCGCUCUUUGGCGUCGGCUUCCUCUACUUUAGCGUGCUCUGCCUCCACGGCUUUGGCGCGAUCCUCCGGGGCACGACCAAGUUUUUCACGAGCGAAUUCUUCUCCACGACCGGCGUCGUCGCCCAAACGCAGCAACCAACGUACUUUUACGCGCCGAGCGCGCCCAUGUAUGCCCCGGUGUACGACGACCGCCAGCAGGCUCUUCCGACGUCGGGCACCUUUGCGCGCUACUGCACCAAGCUCGGCAACAUGCUCUUGCUGGUGCUCCUGAGCCUCGUGAGCAUGUCCUUCUCGAUCGGUCUCUUCGUCGUCAUCAUCGUCGGCGUCAGCUGCGGCAUUGGGUUCCUCCCGCUCGCCUGCGUCGGCCUCGUUGUCCUCAACUGCCUUAUGGCGUGCGUCAAGCCGCUCGCGACCUUGGAUGAGGCACUCUUCCGCCAGCGCCAGCAGCUCUACGAAGCGAUCGUCAGCUAG